AUGGAUAAGACAGUGGAGAACAAUCUAGAAAAGUCCAAGUACCCUCAGGACGGGUUCCCUGUUGCGCUUCACCUAUGGAUCUUGGAAUCCGUACCCAAGCUUCAGUCAGAUUUCUCUACCAUUGAUAAAACAGUCCCGCCCACAGCUUUUUUGUGUGUGAAAUACCUUCACACAACAUCUCCUCCUAUCAAAACUGUUUUGAGCAUAGAAGGAGAAAGUGAUAUGGAUGUCGUACACAUCCUUCCGAAAAUACAUGGUGACCUCGAAGACACCGUGUUUUUGCAAGACAAGGACGAUGAAGAUCUGCAUUCGCUUGUGGAUCUGUUGGAGAAGGGUUUCAGGCUGACACAUGAUCACUGGAAAAGAAAGAUUGUGAAGAGAGAUGAUGCAUUGCAAUACAUUGCAUUGCAGUCAUAUCGCUAUCCCCAUUCAGAAAGAGCGAGCCAAAACUCCAGACCAACUUCUUCAGACGAGUCAGUAGAGGCGAAGCUUGACCAGCUCGAGAAGAUAUUCAUAGAUGGACAGAGACAUAUCCAUUCUCGGUUAUCAAAGAUCGAGCAAAAGCUUGGCAUAUAUGAUCCUUCAGAUUCCAUUGAUGAGGAGGAUAUAUCUGAUCACAUCUCGCCUCCUGUGCACCAAGGAACUGGUGUAUUCCCAAUGGAGAUGAACGAUGAUGAGACAACUACGAGUGGCAAAGAACAGGAGGAAGCCCAAACACAGAUGGAAAAGGAUGACCAGAUCCAACCAAUGGAAGAGCAACAAACUGUACAAACCCUGCCCGUGAUAUCGACAUCCAUGGAGAUGGUUGGAGACAAUGAACCCACGGAGAUGGCCAAUGAUGAUGGGAGCCAAGAAAAGGACGAAACAACAGUACAAACCCCGCCCGUGGUUGCAUCCACGGAGACGGUUGCAGACGCGGGGUAA